UAAAACCUCCUCACAAGUCUCCCUAUGUAUAGUUUUUGCCAGGCCUUAGACAACCUGUUUCUCAGCUAUGCCAUGGCCGAGUUCACAGGAACCAAGAUAUGUAGAAUACUCGUUCUAUAAUGCCCGAUUGGCAUGGGAAAUGCAUUUUGGAUUAAAAAAAAUAACGAGUGCUUCGCAGUACACGUAGCAUCAAGUACACGAUCGCACAGACAGACCCUUAAGCCCACAGAUGUGCUCCCAGUAACGGACGCCAGACCAUGCAUACGGACGUUUUUCUGCAGGGACAGACACAUAUUAUAAUUAACUAGUUCGUUUUCUAAUCUAUUUAAACAUUACAAAAUAUUCUUAAAAUACUUGAUGCUGAAAAGGAAUUUAAGUGAAACUAGUUAUAAGUAUGUAGGUGGCUAUCAGGACUACAUACAUGUACGUAUCACGUGUAGUGCUAAUGGAAUUCAAGCACGUGUCGUCAAUAUGUUGAUGUUAUUGACCUUUGAUUUGAAAUGGAGCCCUGUCCCAGCAUUCAGUCUAUGCAGUCUAUCCAGUCAACAGCCUCGUCUUCAGUUCUAGUGCCAGACGUCAUGCACCAACACAAAAAUGGCAACGUUUCUCAAAGAGAUGUUGAAGGCGCGCGCGUGCCGGACAAUGCCAUGUCCACUCCAAGGCGCGUGCUUCUCCUGGCCUCAUCAGCCGUUGUCUUCCUCCUUGUCCUUCUGACCAGUUUGGUCGUUAUCUUGUUCAUGCAGGUGACUAAUCUCAGGAACACUCUCAAUUCGGAAAUUUACGCGCAUUCCAAGGACUUUGGAGAAGUGUGCCUACCUUGUGGUGAGCUCCAAAUGGGUCCAUUUGAAGAGGAUACUCCGGAUCUAGUUUUACUGGAAAAGGUCCGAUCAGAUGAAGGCGACAUUUGCUGCGCCAAGUCACCAAACCAAACCAAGAUUUUAUUUGAACUGCUGUACCAGAAAAAGAAGAUGCAGGAAUACCGACAUGAUAUGCUGAAGUCGGAGCACCAUGUGGACAGUGCCCCCAAAAUUAACACCGUAUCGGCACAUCUUCUGGUCAGUGGAGUCCAGCCUCCGGUUGCGGACAAAUCUUCUGGACGUUAUCCAAUCAAAAACUGGAGUAAGGAUCAUGUGAUCGCAAAUAUAACUGGUAUUUCGUUUCAACCCGAUCGCUUGCGUAUCAACACAUCCGGUUUGUAUUUCAUUUACAGCCAGGUCUACUUUGACCGGAUGUGCGACCAAGUUACGCAAGAGGCAAACAAACCAUAUCCAAUAUAUCAUUAUGUCUACCGCUUCAAUGUCAUCUACCCGAAUGGGGGAGAACAGCUGUUGAUGAAAAGCGUGCGGACCCCGUGCUGGACCCAGCAAAAGGCCCUUCAUGGAGAUUAUACGAGUUACACUGCAGCCGCGAUUCGGAUGGCGGCAGGGGACGAAAUCUACGUAAUGGUGUCCAACAUAUCCAUGGUUUCGCCAGUACCGGAAGCCAGCUUCCUAGGAGUAUUCAAAAUCAGCUGAGAGUGUUCAGUGCAAAAAGAUGUGUAUAAACUAUCUGUGAUAACUUUCUUCCUGGUGAUCAAAACCGGAAGUACACAUAUGCUACCGAGGUGCUUUCUUAGCAUUUCCACUGACAUCGGUGCUACGAUCAGUUAUGUGAUGACUCUCAGCCGCCAUGUUGGAUAUGCAUAGAACGUUGCCACUGACUUUGCUCAAUAACACCACCAAAUGUGUUUACGAUGAAUUAUGACCGGUUUGAUCUAAAUACCGUUUGGCCCGCGAUAUCGCGACGUCGUACAUGUGAUGCUAUUGUUAUCAAAUACAAUUUGUAUUGGUGGUACUGAAUUUCCACAAGUGAAAUGGAACCCUUUGUAUGUACAAUGUAUGUACAUACAAAUGUAUAGGACAAACAAAACAUAAUGCCCAACAGCAGUUUCCUAUGUACUAAUUACAUGUACCUAUAACGCUAUAUGAAAAGGUGAACAUGUACGAUUCAUAGCCACGCAGACAAUGGGCCUGUUAUAAGAUGUUUGUGAUUAUCAACAUUCCAUGCUAAACUAACUACCGGUGUACCGAGUGCCAUGGUAACAGUAGUCAUCUUCAAACUCAUCGUGAUGGCGUCGUUGUGAUGAAAACAUACCCUCAUAAUAUUCCGUCCAAUGUGGACCUCGCUAUCAGUACGGUGCAGUUGAUCCGUGAGUCAAGUCCCGAGCCCACUUGUCACCAAGUACGCCGUCUCGGUGUGCAUUGCCAAACUAUAGUGCUACCACGGAAUUAGAUUUUAUCUAAGUCUGUGGUGCUACAUAUAUAUACCGGUACAUCAUAAUAACUUUUGAUCUCGAAAACAUGAUCUAUGCAAUAUAUUGUACACGUGACUGCCUUGGGUGCGUGAAAUGCACGUGUGUUACCGUUUGUUACACGUCAGACAAACAAACUGUGAUAGUACCUCUUGUUUACAAGAUAACGUUUGUUACGAGAUUUUUGUCAUCUGUACCGGAAGUUACCUACAUACACUUAAUACCAUGAAGAAAUCUCUUUCCAUAUUGGGAAGCCUCCGACGAUGUUUCGUGUGUGCUCCAGUAUAUUUUUCAUGUUUGAGUUAAAUCUAAAUAUUGUCUGAAAUUCACAUUCCUGUGGAUUAUCUCUUCAAAAAGAUUGGUUAUUGUAUGCUAAAAGAUUCUUCUCUGGUUAGGCCUAUUCAGUAAAGAAGAUGAGACCAUUGGUGAAAUACCCUUUCAGAAAUGGUGUUAAUUGGUGUGGUUUGUUGGUAUGUGAGUCAGUAAGAUUGUACGGUGAGAUGUGCGAUGUAACUAUUUCUGGCAAGUUGGUUAAUCAUUUUAUUCAUUAUUCAAAUGUAUUAAAAAUAAUUUCAUUCUUAUCCGUUUCUAUGUGUUAGCCGUAGUAAAAUAGGAAAUGAGCCAGACAUACGUAGCAUUACUAUAUUGUACCAUCUGUCAACACUUUGAACGGGAAAAACGCUUUUGGGUGUCAUUGUUAGAUCGUUAAAUUUUGUAAAAGCUACUUUCGUCAAAAACAGAAUCCGUCCCCAUUAUAACGACGAAAAUAUGAAAGGGAUGAUGAAUGUUACGUUUCAUGGUAUUUUGUAGAAAAAUAACUUGCGAAAACGGCAUGAUUUUUACGGAACCCAGUCGCUGAUGGUACGAUAAUGUAUAAUGCUACUAUAACAAUCAGCUCAGAAGGUGGUGAAAGGCUUUGCAUUCAGAAUUCAAAUGAGAUUAUUGUACAUUUUAUUGAUAGGUGCUUUGUUAUGUAACACAUGUAUAUAUACAUGUGUUUGUCUCUUAUUUUUUUUAUAAAGUCCCACAACCAUGUGUCACGAUGUUACUUUUGUUUUUAUAUAUACAGUCCCCUGUGUUACUGUAAUACUGUGUUGUGUAUGCACUUACCAGCCGCUGUGUUACAUAAAGCUUACGAUGUUUGUAUACAUUCCGACCUCGCCACUCGGCCGCACGCCCCAUUAAACAGACAUGGUGAUAACCAUCUCCCUCUGAAUGCCGCGACUGUUCCGUACACCGACUUCUAACAAUGCACUAGUUUCUUCAUAAUAAUAAAUUAAAUGCCCCGCGUAAUUGUUUCGUAAAGUCAAGCACGUGCUACUGCACGUGGGGAAGGAUGAUGUGUCUUUUGAUGUGUAUGAAUGUCGUAUAGUUAUUUUGAAGAUGAUGUAAAGAUGUAUGCGAGAUUGCUAUGGAAGUUUAAAAAGGUUGGCUGGCAAUAUUUUGCUUACACAAAUAUUUGGAUAAAUUGAGGUUACAUGAUGAGCACAUGUUCCGGUUUGAACUUCAUUACACAUAACUUGACUGAUCGCGGUUCACAAAAAAACUCAGGUAUACCUGCUAACACCAUGCUUUUCAUAACAUAUGCUGCGUUUGCUUACAAGUUAGUCGCAUUUGAACCUCAAAAGAAUGGUGGCAUUGAGCCAAUUGCAAAAAGAACACCGCUGCUUACGAUCCCUUACAUGAUGUUUUUGUCAAUAUGUGAGGUUAUAUUUACAGUAUGUGUGUACAUGCUUGCGCUUGAAAGAGUCAGAGGACUACAAUUGUUUUGCACUACAAACUAAAUUGAAUAAAAAUGAUAUCACAA